AUGGCAUCUUCCUCAGAGCUGCUAGCCUCUCUGGAAAACCACACAGACGUUGUCUCUUGGAUCAAUGAGAAUCUCGACGCCGACACUACCUUGGAACUAACCGAGCUCGAUCGACGCGUCGCUAGCUUGGUCGGGAUGCUGGAAAUCGCGAGCGAAGACACCUCGGUCGAGGUAGAACGACUCAUCGACAACAUCUCCCGUGGGGCCUCUCGGCUCACCUACGACUUGCAUUUUAUGCGUGAUGGUGCCCUAUCGCUACAAGGCGUGCUGCACAAUGUAGAGUCGAAGUCGAAAGCACCCGCAGGUGCCGACACAGAUGCUGCUCUCGCUCGGCUGCAUUACCUCGACACAGUCAAGCGGAAUAUGGAAGCUGCCAGGGAGGUGUUACGCGAGGCAGAGAGCUGGAGCACUCUGGAAAGCGACGUGACGUCCCUCCUUGGUGAGAAGAAUUACGAAAAGGCAGCCGAAAGGCUGUCUGAGGCGAGCAAGAGCAUGGCCGUUUUCGAGAACACCCCGGAGUACGAGUCCCGACGUACUCUGAUGGUGAGCCUGCAAAAUCAGCUCGAGGCCGCCCUGAGCUCCGCAUUGGUUGCUGCUGUCUCGUCGCAAGAUGUAGCGGUCUGUCGCAACUACUUCGGCAUAUUCAGCAACAUCCAGCGCGAGACCGAGUUCCGCAACUACUAUUAUGGGUCCCGCCGCGCACCGCUUGUCGAGGCAUGGCAGAACGUCGAGCUACAGGAUACCGACGGAGGGACUGCACCUAAGGCAUCCAGACAGACAUUCGCAAGCUUCCUGCCGACAUUCUACGCGUCUUUCCUCUCUAUCUUGCAAAGCGAACGCACGUCCAUCCCUGCUAUAUUCCCUGACCCACAAUCGACGCUCUCAACGUUAAUCACCUCGACGCUGUCCACUCUACAACCGACCUUCUCACAACGCCUUGCUGCUGUCUCUGCGCAUCAAGGUGCGACUGCGCUUCGCCAACUCAUUGCUGCCUAUCGCGCAACGGAGGAAUUUGCCCUCGCUGUCGACAAGAUCUUCGAGAAAAUGGGCUACUCAAGCAUGCUUGCACCUGUCGCUGCCACCGAGACCGAUGCCCCGCGCAGCCACCUUCGCCGCAAGUCAUCAGCCCGCAUGUCCAUGUCGCGACGCAUGCCCUCGCGUCGGGCAUCUAUCAGCGGGAACUUGUAUGCACCGUCCACGGUGCCUUUGGAUUCCCCGCUCUUGCCCGUCCUUGAGUGGGACACUGAAUUGUUCGCGCCAUUUGUCGACUACCAAGCGGACUAUACCGCCCUCGAGUGGCGACUGCUAGAAGCUGCAUUGGCCACGGCUAUGGUCGCUGGUGGUACAGAUCGUGCCCUGAUUCUUAGGGAACGUGCCGUAGACGUGUUCGUCGCGGCGGAGCAGGCCAUCGGGCGCUGCAUAGCGUUCACUCACGGGUAUGGCGCUUCAGGGCUGGUACAGGCACUUGACCGCCUUAUAUCCUCGUUUGCCGACACCUCACGCGCGGAGGUCAGCUCUCGGAGGAAAAGUGGAACAAGUACGACUUCGGGCACGAAAGCCUCAGGAGGCGAGCUUGCAGAUCUUGACUACACGUCAGACGACUGGGCAGAGAUCCAGGCACUGCUGCAUUUUCUGGACGCUGUGCGCGCUGUGCUGGACCGCACGGUUGGAUUCGAGACCAAGCUGCGCACUAGCCUGGUACAAGUGUCCACGACGCUACGAGCUGCGAGGACGGACCUCUCGAGCGUGAAUACAGUGCCAGAGGGGACAACGCGCGGUGCGAUGCAGAUGCUCAUGCAGUCAAGCCUAAACUCGGCCGCGCUGCACGCCCUCUUGGAGAGCGUUGACCCCGAGCCACCCGCCCAGACUCAGGGCACGUCUAGCGUGCCGCCCUCGCCCGACGCGCGCCCCGCCUCGCCCGCCCAGCCGCUCGUCGUCUCCUCCCGCAGCGCCAUCUCUUCCCUCGCGCGUGCAUGCCAGAUCGCGCUCCAAGACACAAUCCUCGGGCCCCUCUACGCACAUCUUGCGUCCUAUGCUGGGCUGUCCGCGUGGACCGCCCCCGACGCAGCGGGCAAGCGCCCCGGCGCGGCAGGAGGAGCGACGAGCGCAGUCCACGUCCCGACGUUCUCGCUCAGCCCAAGUGCCACCGCGGCGCGCGUCGCAGAGGGCCUGCUGAGCCUCCCGCGACUAUUCGAGGUAUACGCGGACGACGACGCGCUCGCCGUGUCGCUCGAAACACUCCCGCACCUCAGUAUGCGUUUCCUCCGUGCACUCGCGGAGCCCCCCGCAGCCCCGCAGGCUACAGGGCGGCCCCCGCCGUCGCGCCGCUCGGCGUCGCUGGCGCUCACCGCAGCACAGGCCCAGGCGCAGCUUGCUGCACAGGCCCAGUCGAGCACCGGAGUGCCAAUUGAGGAGUUGCACUUCUCGCCGGAGGCGGUGACUGCGGCAUGGCUCGCGUCGCUGACGCGUACACUGCUGGCGCAUCUCACACGCGACGUACUGUUGCGCAUCCCCAAGCUGACUAACGCGGGGGCGGCGCAGCUGGCGGCGGACCUGGGGUGGCUCGCGAAUAUUGCGGAGGCCCUGAGUGUUGACUGGGCCCCGCUUGGGAGGUGGCGGAAGUGGGUGGAGGAGGAGGACGCGGAGGGUAAGAGGAAGUAUCGCGAGGGAGUGGGCGCUGAGAAAGAAGAGAGCACUGAGGACGCGGAGGGUGAGCAGGAAAGCGAGGAGGAAGAGAUGGAGGAAGAUAGUGAGGAGCGAGUCUCGCAAGUCGUGGCGCGUUUGCGUGGAUGGACCUCUUGAUCACGCGAUGAUUCUUGAGACUCUUAGUGCACAACGGGUCAUUGUCUGGUAGGGCUACUUGCCUUGCGUUUCUGCUAAUGUGUUUGCUCAUGAAAUAAAUGGCUUCAAUCU